GUAGCAACUUUGGAUCCGCAUGUUGUAACUUCCAUUUCGUUGUCUACUCUGAAUUUUCCCGGCGGCCGUCAAUCAAGUAGAGUAUUCUUAGCCGGCGGCCGUCAAGACUCGAGAUCUGAUAUGAUGGAUACACCAAUGGGCCAUCGUUCUGGAUGCUGUUGUCACGUGUCCGCGUGCGGUUGACCAUUUAUACGUCACUUCCAACGGAAACAAAACACCAUGUUGGUUUUUCUUCCUCUCUUAUGGAUGUCUCCAUGGCACUGCAACUGUUCUCGUAGAUUUUGACUUUAUAGUAACCUGCAAGGCUCGUGUAUUUCUCUUCAUUGUUCUGUUGAUGUGCGUAAAUGUCUUCGUCUAAAGAGACAGCGAUCGAAGGGGAUCAAGCGGUGGAACUGAUCGUGCGUGACACAUCAGCUCCGGUCGCUGAUGUUGGUACAAGUGAAUCAGCCUCCGAUGAGAUCAUCCCUCUCUUGACCCAGAACGAGAGGCCAAAGAUCAACAUCUUCUCGAUGUCCUACUCCCGGAGAAGAUCCAGAGAGCAAAUGAUAAAAAUAACAGAAUCAGAGUUUUCUGUGGUAACCCAGUUUAUUUUUUGGUUAUGGAGUGGAUCGAGGUACUCUGGUCUCCUAUGUAUGAGCUUAUCAUCGACCAUCUACUUUGUGAUGGAAGUUCUUUCUGAUAGUUUAUCUGUUCAGUCAAUUCCUUUGUUUGAGACUGCAUUUACAAGAUGUACAAUUAGCUUGUUACUGUCAUAUUUGUGGUUGAGAAGAAGUGGGCAACCAAUUUUUGGACAAACACAUGCCAGGAGUCUUUUGGUUUCAAGAGCCAUUGUGGGUUAUUUGUCAUUGAUGAGUUUUGUUUAUAGGUAAGUUUUGCUUCACAUGCUUUCUAUUUUUCCUGUACUUACCGCUAUUGCAGCAAGAAUAAUUUUGCAUGAGAAGUUGAAAAUUUCUGAUAUGGGAGGUCUUUGCUGCAGUUUUUUUGGUGUGCUCUUCUCUUUUCGGCCAAUAAUUAUGACACAAGCGGGAUCAAGUAAGCAUGGGGAUGCAAGCAAUGCAAAAUUUGACCAGACAUAUGCAGUCUUAGUUGGUUUGUUUUCAUCAAUAACUGCUGGGGUCAGCUACUGUCUUAUAAAGGCUGCAGCAAAGGCAUCAGAUCAACCAGUGGUUACUGUUUUUUCAUUUGCCACAGUGGCUACUCCUGCCGCAGCAGCAUGUAUAUUUGCCUUUGAGGAGUUUGUGCUUCCAGGACUUCAUUCAUUCCUUCUUAUGCUUUUACUUGGCGUUCUGGCAUUUUUUGCUGAGGUCUUCUUGGCACGUGGACUUCAACUUGAGAAAAUCAGCAAAGUUGCAAAUGUCCAGUACAUGGAGGCUGCCUUGUCACAGUUAUGGAGCAUUUUUAUAUCAAGGACAGUUCCAACAUUUGGCCGGCUUAUCGGAUGUUUACUUAUCUUAAUUUCUGUGUGUUGUACGAUGUACUUUGGACCCGAUAAAGAGAUGGAACGGGAAUUACCUUUUUCUUCUGUCUAGCACCCAACUUGGCCCACCAGUUCUAAUCAACGUUCUUGAUCAUAAGAAGUUGUAAUUUGCUUCUGCUUGAUUUUGUUUCUUGGAAAGAUGGUAUCAUCUAAUUUCAGCACUCAAAGACUGCUAACGCCAAAAACAUGGUAUUUUUUUUUCUUUUUCCCACUUUUCAAUUCGUAGUUUUCUAUCUUGCAUUAUUAAUUUUGUGAGCAACUGCAGGGAAUUUAUGUUGAGUUCUAAGAAAUAUUUAAUCAAAGUUCUUGUGAUUCCGUUUU